GCAUAUCACGACUAGAUCCGAGAGAAAGAAUAUACUGAUCUAUUAGAAACACGAAUACAAUAGGAUGGAAGGAACAACACUUGGUUCAUUCUCCCAUAUAAAACAUUUCAUGAAAGGGUUAACUUUAGUUAUCAUGCUGUCGUCUGCGGUAUCAGCAAGUGCCUUUUUGACCGAGGAAAAAUGGCGCCGUCCAUGUGGCGUGAGCAAUGGUCCUAUCGCGGGAUCACCUGGAGGCCCACCAACACAUUCUCCAGAUAUCAUAUUAGCAGGAAUGCUACCUAUCCUACAAAGUGCCAUCACAGCAGCAGAAUCACUUAAACAUAAAUACAUAUCAGAAAGAUUGACUGCGAGAAGGGUACCGAACCUUGAUACUUUUCAUUUUGAUGGUAUGCCGGAUGUUACCAUGACAACAUCAGAAAUUGAAGAAUCUCUUGUUGAUAUCAAUCUUGCUCAUAUGUCAAACUACAAGAAACUAUCAAAGGUUUUGGUAUUUCUGGAGCAAGUCAGAUUUGACGAGACCUUUAUGGAUAGCAGCAUAGACACGUACAAGGAGGAGGUUCAGGAAAUUGAGAUAGUCAUUUUGAACGUCAUGUGUGUAAAACAAAGACUCAUCCAAAAUGCUGGAGCUCAGAUCGAUCACAUAUCACAUACUGAAAUGUCACAAGAUAUUAGAGUCACUGCGAACGACCAUGAACGUCACGAACGAGAUUACGUCAUCGUCAAGGAUACGUUUCAACUGCUUGAAACGAUGCAUGUCCAUGUUACUGCAAUAAACAACCAGAUGAGGCAAAGCCAGUAGAUGAGAUGUGGCCCAAACGAGACAAUUUCAGUCAGGAAUUCUAAAGUAGAUUAUAUUAAUCACCAUAAUGAUUGAAAGUGAUCAUUGUAGUAGUUUUAAUUCAAUACUUGAACUACCUGGUAUCACAGAUUGUGUAAGUCACUGUGAUGGGUCCAACUUAUUAUUAGGUCAGUGAUGCUGAAGUAACACUAACAUUGAUUUAAACGAUUUUCGGUUAUACCAUAUCAUUUUAACACCGUUAUAAAAGCGAGUGUGUUUAUUUAUUGAUACGUGUAUGUAUGUCGGUGACAUAAAUACAAUAUCAGACUAUAUGUCGUCAAUAUCUGUCUCAGUGUGAUCACUGUUAUACAUUGUACAUGCCACUAACAUCUAUGGUGAAUAUUGUGUGAGUGUGAGGUAGCAGCACGAUACCUAUACUAACAUUUUACAAGGAUUGCUAAAUGUUAUUUAUUAUCCAUAUUAUGUGUUUGUGUGACGUCAUCAUGGAUGCCUUAUUGUAAUAUAUGUUUAUAUACAUUCCAAUCAUGCCUAUGUGAUUUACACGUCCCUAUUAGAGAUUUUUUUUUAUAUAUGAUAUUUACACAACAUGGAUCUGUGAUAUGCUGAGAAUAUUAGUAAACAAGAAUUUUAUUUUUACAUUGUAUUUAAUUCGUAUUUUGAAUUAAAUAAACUUUACAUUUGUGUCCUUAUUGCA